AUGGCCCCUGAUGCAGCAAAAAGGCCGAGAGUUUCAAAGUCUGAGAUGUCUUCGUCCCAGUUGUUUUUUGAGACUGUGCAAGGUUCUCAUGAGUUUAAGAUAAACGGAUAUUCUCUAGCCAAGGGAAUGGGAGCUGGUGAAUACAAGGCUAGUGGCAUAUUCACAGUUGGUAGUUAUGAUUGGGUUAUACAUUUUUAUCCAGACGGGAUUGAUCAAGCAAGCAACGAGUACAUAUCCGUGUUCAUUGAGCUGGCUAGCCCUGGAGAAAUUAAGGCAUCGGUUGAAUUCAAACUAGUGAACCAAUGCGGAGAAGGUCAAUUUUCUAACAGUGCUAAAUCUUCUCACACGUUUAAUGCAGGAAGUUCAGCAUGGGGAUUUAAUAAGUUCGCGAACAGGUCCGCGUUGGAGACCUCAAAUUAUCUCAAGGAUGAUCGUCUUAGCAUACAUGGUACAGUCAGCAUAGUGCAAAUUCGUUUUGAAGAGGAAAAACGUUAUGUUAUUCCUGUACCUCAAUCAGAUAUGAUUCAAAAACUCAAGGGUUUGCUGAAAUCUGAAAUUGGUUCUGAUAUUACUUUUCAAGUUGCCGAUGAAGAAUUCAGAGCUCAUAAGUCUAUUCUUGCGGCUCGAUCUCCUGUAUUUAAAGCUAUGUUUUAUGGACUAGUGGGUAAUCCAGACAUGGAUACAGUAGUUGUUGAAGAGUUAGAUCCCUUUACUUUUAAGGCCAUGCUGCUAUUUUUGUACUCGGAUGAACUUCCUGAAACACAUGAACUUUCUGAUUCAGAUUCUCCUUGCACUUCAACUACAAUCAUGAGACAUCUAUUAACUGCAGCAGAUCGCUAUAAUCUUCCUCGAUUGAGACAAAUGUGUGGGGCAAAAUUAUAUGAAGAUAUAGCUGCAAAUAAUGUGGCAGAGACACUGGCACUAGCAGAACUACACCAAUGCCUGGAACUAAAAACUGCAUGUCUAAAGUUCGCAGCUAAGCCCGAAAAUUUAAAAGAGGUUAUGAAGUCUGAUGGGUACGCAGAUUUGGAGAAGUCACUACUAACCGAUCUGUUGAAGACUAGUGCAAUGGUAGAUUAA